AUGAGCUUCUUUGGGUUCGGACAGAGCGCAGAAUUGGAACUGGUCUUGAGCGAUGCUGAGAGCCGGCGCCGGGCGGAACAUAAGACGGAGGAGGGCAAGAAGGAGAAAUACUUCCUUUUUUAUGACGGCGAAACCGUGUCCGGGAGGGUCAUCUUAACCCUCAAGCAGCCCAACAAACGCCUGGAACACCAGGGCAUCAAGGUGGAAUUCAUUGGCCAGAUUGAAUUAUACUAUGACCGAGGGAACCAUCAUGAAUUUGUGUCUCUGGUGAAAGAUUUGGCCCGUCCUGGUGAAUUCACCCAAUCCCAAACUUUUGACUUUGAAUUCACUCAUGUGGAGAAACCGUACGAAUCCUACACUGGGCAGAACGUGAAGCUCAGGUACUUCCUCCGGGCCACCGUGAGCCGCAGAUUGAAUGAUGUGGUGAAAGAGAUGGACAUUGUGGUGCACACGCUUAGCACGUAUCCGGAGCUCAACUCCUCCAUUAAGAUGGAGGUGGGGAUUGAAGAUUGCCUGCACAUUGAGUUUGAGUACAAUAAAUCCAAGUACCAUUUAAAAGAUGUGAUCGUAGGGAAAAUCUACUUCCUCCUUGUCCGGAUCAAGAUCAAACACAUGGAGAUCGAUAUCAUCAAGAGGGAAACCACUGGAACAGGGCCCAACGUCUACCAUGAAAAUGACACCAUUGCGAAAUAUGAGAUUAUGGACGGGGCUCCUGUGAGAGGAGAGUCCAUCCCGAUUCGGCUCUUCCUGGCUGGCUAUGAACUGACGCCCACCAUGAGGGACAUCAAUAAGAAGUUCUCGGUGCGCUAUUACCUCAAUCUGGUGCUAAUUGAUGAGGAGGAACGUCGUUAUUUUAAACAGCAGGAGGUGGUGUUGUGGCGCAAGGGGGACAUUGUAAGGAAAAGCAUGUCCCACCAGGCCGCCAUCGCUGCGCAGCGCUUCGAAGGCACGUCGUCCCAGACGGAGAGCAGGACCCCCAGCCAGGCUUCGGAGAACAACGGGCGGCAGUGA